CGAUCAUACAUCAAUCAAUGUAAGCUGUUUGCAUAAGACCAUUCAUUCCUAAUGGUUUGCUUUUGAAGUGUAGAUGGUGCAGAAGUCACGAAUUCAACAGUGAAGGCUCUAAAGGAUGGGAGAGUUGUGGCUGUGCCAACGGACACAAUAUAUGGGCUGGCUUGCUUGGCUCAGAAUUCCAAUGCCAUCAAAAAGGUGUAUGACAUCAAAUGACGUAAUGGUGAGAAACCACUGGCCAUUUGUGUUGGAGAAAUCAAAGACAUUUUACAAGUACUGUAAGGUGUCAGUCAAGAAAGAACUGAUAGGGGACCUGUUGCCUGGCCCUGUCACUCUGGUUCUGGAACGAGCUGAAGUACUCAACACUGACCUCAAUCCCUUCACUCCGUUAGUAGUAGUGUGCAUCCCGGACCAGGCCUUUAUGAGACGCCUCUGCCAGAUGUGUCGGGAACCUCUUGCAGUCACCAGCGCCAACAUCAGCUCACACUCCAGCACUGUGGCUGUACAUGACUUCCAGGAUCUGUGGCCUCAGUUAUCAGUGGUGGUGGAUGGCGGACCAAUAGGAGACAAGAGUCGGUUGGGGUCAACAGGCAAAUACCGCAUCAUCAGACCUGGCUGUGCCUUCUCUUCCACAGUUCAUGUGCUAGAGCACAAAUAUGGACUGUCAGAAGACACGGGAUGAGUGAGGUUUGCCCCCUUCAAAUUCAUACCACAUGCUGAAAUGUACAACCAGCAAGAACCUGUGCUUACCAUGGCCAAAUACAACUCUGAAUGAUGGCAAUGCCUGCAACGCUGAGGCGAGUGAUGAUUUCUAAAGGAAGGACGGUCCUUUUGCACAUUGCAUGCUAUUGUGGAAUGCUCUGGGUUUCUUGUAAAACUUAAGGGAUUUGUUUUUGUCUUUCUGGGUUAUUAGCUGUCCAAGCAUUGUCGUUUCUAUGGGAAAACCCUUUUUUUCACAAAUUGGUCUUCUGACCAAUCAGAUCAGCUCUGAAAAAUAUCUGAUGAGAAAAGAUCUGAUGUGAUUGGUCAGACCAAUUGGUGGGGAAAAGAAUAUCAGGAUUGGGCUGCCUGUGUAAAUGCAGCCUACGAGCUGUGAUCUAGUGUAUUAUUGCUCAACAGUUUUGAGUACCUGAUUACUGGUUUGUAUAAUGGACCAAUGAGAGUAUGUUGUUGACAAUAAAUGGCAUGCAUUAUGCAGAUCAUGAUGGCUUGUGUUGGU